AUUCUCACUGCGCAUGCGCGGCUCAGGGAGCGCGCAGCGCAGCGAUCGCUGUCAUGUGAUCAGCUGUGUCCAAUCACAGCUGAUCACAUGGCACUGAUGAUCAGUGUGCCCUGAUGAUCAGUGUGGCCCCAGAAGUGACACCUGGCAGUGCCCAUCAGUGCCACCGGCCAGUGCCCAUCAGUGCUACAUCAAUGCCACAUAUCAGUGCAUACCAGUGCACAUCAAUGGCACAUAUCAGUGCCCAUCUGAGCUGCCUUUCAAUGUCACCCAUCAGUGCCAGUCAGUGCCACCUAUCAAUGCCAAUCAGUGCCACCUAUCAGUGCUGCUAAUCAGUGUCACCUAUCAGUGCCUGUCAGUGUUGCUUAUCAGUGCCGCCUAA